AUGGCUCGCAAGACGAAGACCAAAGCCGCACCGGUCGAUCCAGUCUUCUCCUCCGACUCAGAACCUGAAGCCGGCUCAGCCAACGAAGAAAUCGACAUCAGCGAGCCACCCACCACGAUCAACCCCUACAGCGUCCUCUCAGUCCCCUCAACCGCCACCCAAGAAGAGAUCAAAACCGCCUACCGCAAACUCGCACUAAAACACCACCCGGACAAAGUCAGCCCUUCGGAGCGAGAUAGCGCGCACAAGAAAUUCCAAGAAAUAGCGUUCGCUUACGCGAUCCUCAGCGACGAGCGGCGCCGCAAGCGGUACGAUGUGACAGGCAACACGGCCGAGUCGGCCAACGUGGACGACGACGACUUCAACUGGACAGACUUCUUCCGCGAAAUGUCGGCGCAGGUUGUCAGCGGUGAGCUGAUCGAUCAGGUCAAGCGGGGGUAUCAGGGGACUGAAGAGGAGAAGGAUGACGUGCUCGCUGCGUAUGAGGAUUCGCAGGGCGAUCUUGAUGCGGUGUUUGAGCGGGUCAUGUGUUCGGAGGUGUUGGUGGAUGAGGAGCGGUUCAGGAAGAUCAUCGAUGCCGCCAUCGCUGCGAACGAGGUCGAGGCUUAUGCCAAGUACACGAAGGAAGGGAAGAAGAAGCGCGAGAAGCGCCGGGCCCGUGCGAAGAACGAGGAGCAGGAGGCCAUGGAGCUCGCGGAGGAGCUGGGCAUCAAGGACAAGUUGUUCGGCGGCGGCAAAGGAAGUAAUGGUGCGGACACGAAGUCUCCUGGCUCCAAGAAGAAGAAGCCAGCCAAAGACGCAGACGGCGACACCUCUGGACUCAUGGCUCUCAUCCAACAACGGCAAAAAUCCCGUGCUGCGAACUUCUUCGACGAUCUCGAGGCCAAGUAUGGAGGAGGCGGAGGCAAGAAAAAUGGUGCGAAUAAGCGCAAAGUCGAGGACGAGCCGCCCGAGAAGGCGUUCCUCAAGAAUGCGAAGAAGGGCAGGAAGGCCGGCAGGGCUUGA